GGAGUGUCGGCUGUAAGCCAGUCCGACGGAGAAGACCUCACGGAAGCACUGAAGACAACGGUGAAGAAAUGCCAGCAGGACUUGGGCCUUCGUUUCAGCAUAGAAGAGAUGGAGGAGAUUCGCACGUACAUCUUGAAAGGCAGCUGCUGGGAGGGUGGCAAAGUGCGCCAGUCCGCACAACACGACCCUCGUUUCCUGUGCAAGAUGACCCACACUUCCUAGUUGUAUAGAUGUCACUUGGCAGCUGGGUGGGUUAGCGAUGAUGGGGUCCUAGGCCCUGAAUGCACACCUUCCCUGCAGGUUGAGCCCAUGGCGCGGGGGGCCGAGAUCGGCCGAGGAAGAGAGAGAGACCGCGAAAACCAUCCCGAGCGCUCGAGACGUGGAUCGAGACGUUGAAGGGCUUUUGAGCUUGGGCGCCGGGUUUUGUUGGCACUUUCCAGGAGCGUCAAGCAUUCUUGGAGUGUUCCGAGGGUUGGGGCCAAGCGCUGGGCAUUUGCGCAUGGUGCAGGAUAGACUCCUCAUGAUUUUUUGUUUCGACAUGUGCUGAAGCAUCAGAGCAAAGUUGACUUGCAAGGCAGAGAGAGACAUCGUUGGAACUAGAUUGCCUGUGCACUUCUCAGCUAAUUUGCCGUGGUAGUUUAAGUGCUGCUCAAACUUCAGCCUUCCCAAAGUGGACAAUUGAUCUCAGAGCCAUGAGGGCUUUUGCUUGCCUCCUGGCCUUCUCCCUGGCCACUCCCUUUCUGGCGAAGCUCCAGGAAGAGCGAUCUCCCUUGUGUGAGCAAGGUGAGUGUGAUGAGGUACAACUCUUGCAGGCCGAGAAGCUCCAGCAGCUCCGCGCCAGCACGGGUGCUCCCAGCUCCAUGGCAAGCGCGGCGCUGGAGGUGGUGUGGCAGGUCCUGACCAGCGCAGCGGGCUGGUGGAUGCAGAGGCACGACCUGGGCGCCCGCGUGGACCUGCGCCCCAUGCAGCGGCAGUUCCCCUACGUCCCCGCCGAGGGGCGGCAGUUCUGGAUGUACGCCACCGCGACCACGUGCCCCGUGGAGGUUUUGGAGCAGUGGCCGAAGGGCUUUGACAACCCGGAUUGCGAGAAGUUCGCGCCCGGGGAGAACAAGGUGAGCGUCUUCGUUGACAGCACAAGGCCCAGUAUUCAGGCUCUGAAGUGGCUCGGCAAGGUGAUUCCGCUGCUGGAAGAGGCCAAAUGGUACCAAGGUCUCAUCAAGGGACUCGAACGGUGGACGGUGGGCAACCACAAGGGCUUUGUUGCGACGGAUGACACCCUGAAAGCCAUCAUUGUCUCCGUGUCGGGGACUGGUAUGGUGACGAAUCUGGGCUUUUUUGCAGACGUCUUGGCGGAUACCAACGCCAACUCGUUGUAUGGAUUGGAAUGCCCAAUUCUCCAGAUCCAAAAGAAACUCAAGUUCGUGCCAUACAUCAAGAAAUUGCCUGGCUUGUAUCACCGUGGUUUCUGCUGGUUCUAUAACAUGAUGGUUCUCUACACCAGCUACCAGACGGAUCUGAUCACGGCCGUGAAGGCCAACCCUAGCUAUGAUGUGAUCUUUGCUGGCCACUCUUUGGGAGGUGCUGCCAUUACUCUGGCUGCUGCAGAUUACUUGCAUCGCAUUCGACCGGAACUCACGAAGAAGGGUUCGAGUGUCGUGGAUUACAUCGAAGCUGCUGUCUGUGACGAUUGCGCCUUCCCCGAGUCCAGCAGCAUUCCGUCGGGGGUCCCUGCGACGGGCCACGUGCUGCUCUACACCUAUGGCUCCCCACGAGCAGGGUCACCGUCCUCUGCUGACUACCUGCAUGCACGGCUCGAUGCUUCCUAUCGGGUGACACGGAACGGCGACCCGGUUCCUUUGCUCAUGAUGUGCCAGCGACAGGAGUCGGAUCGGCAGGCGUGCACGCCGGCGGAGGAGAAUCCCUACCAUGUGGGCCAGGAGGUGUACUACCCUCAUGAGAACGGCACCCACUACAUGUGCAAUGGCUUAGGGGAAGACCCCAAGUGCGCAGAUAGCCGGUCCAUCGAGCACGGCUAUACCUUUGAAGAGUUUGCCUAUGGCUUCGGAAAUAUCCACACCGCCUACUAUGGCAUGGGACCUUGGGCGUAUCUACCACCAACUCAACGGUGGUGCUGCUCUGAUUGAGGCAGACGGUACAAUAGGCAGCUAGUAGAUCGGCAGCCUGGUACGAUACAUUUUUGUUCGUUCACAAAGAGACGAGGCAGACGGAACGGAGUAGCGUGGCUCGAAACAUCCGUGAAACCACA